UCCCACUUCUGAAGUUUUAGUAAAACACUUCUUACUCUUUUGAACGUUUAUUUCAGAAUGUCCUUUGUAACAUGAUUAGUCGCUGUCAGUGAAUGUCCAGGCCUACUUGUUAGCAGCUUAGUACUUAUUAAUAACAUAACUCUACUACAGUAAUAUAUUUGGUUCGAUAUAUAUUUAUUAUUUAAAAUACGACAUAUUUAUUAUCUAAAAUACGACACUCUUAUUAUUUAAAAUUUGUCCAGGCAAAAUAAAUGUGUUAGACCUCUUUUGUGUAUUGUCUGAAGGAACUGUCAGAACAGCCUACGGUGACGCCAACUACGAUGCAAGAUCGGACAGUGAGUGACUUCCAAGGUAAGCUAUAUGUAAAUUUAUGGGUUCCUUGCAUUGUUAGCUUAAGAAAAAUAAAUCUCAAUGUUCCGGUAGAUUCGGGAGAUAUUUCGGCGUCCAAUUAGUUAUUUAUUCGGCGUUAAUUGAAUGAUUGCUGAGCUUUAUUUAGAUGGUAUCCGGCCUGUACCAAAGUAAAUAAAACCAAAUGGAUAUUAAUCUCCUUAAUAUGGAAGUAAUGCAUACAGGUGACUGUAGUAUAGACUGUUUAAUCGCAUGCACUGCGGGCAGAUAAAUGGCGUUAGUCUCUCGGGAUGUACAAUCGGAAAACGGAGUUUUUGUUGAUAACCGCUUCGUGCUUUUUAUCAUAUAUCACACAACCCGGCAGGAACGUGAGAAAGCCUUACCUUCGCACAUUGCUGCUAAACAUCCGUUGAAUCAUUCUCAUUUAAGAGUUUCAACAAGACGGUUUAGAUUUCGCGUUUCUCCAUACUAUGAGAAAAGUAGUGUGCACAGCAGUUGUACUUUUUCUAACACUUGAAUGCAUUUGCUUGGCUACAAGUGAUAGUGCUUUUAUCACUAAUGGGGAGUGUCAACAAACGGAGGUAUUUCUAUGGCAGAAGAAUGUAUCUAUUUCGGCAGAUUGUGAUUGUCCGCCCAAUUUCAUCGCCUUGAUCAGUGAGGAUAAGAAGCCAACAUUCUGCAUAAUGCUUACAAAGCCACAAAUUUGGAGUAACGUUUGUAUUUCAACGGGAACAACAGAUGAUUAUUACGAAGUCACCGUCAGAGAACGAGCUGCUAUAAAUUCAUACUUAAGAAAAGUAAACGUAACUAAAUUCUGGAUAUCAGUACAAAGGGAAAGUGUAUAUGAUCCUCCGUUAAAGAAGUUACCUGGAAGAAAGUGGGGCUUACCGUUGGAUUUUGAAGAAGACUACGAUCUGGAAAUAACGAAAAAAUCAUCAGGAAAUUGUCUUAUGACCAGCAUUGAUCAUAAUUACUCCGCUGCUACCUUCGUGGAUUGCAAUGAUAACUAUCCUCAUUUGUGUGUGUACAAAAGAUCAACAAUGUUAAGAUUGCAUUGUCCAUCUGGUUCAUAUACUACAAGAUAUUCAGACUUUCAGGAAUAUUGUUUCAAUAUUGUAAAAUCAUCGCAUAAUGUUUGGAGUACAUAUGGUUUGUUCGAUGUGGACAGUCAUAGAAAAUAUCAACUAUAUCAAAAUCUAGCAAGUGAAACUGAUAUCAAAUGUGAAAGCACCAUCAUUCAAUCAAAUUUGACUUACCAAAUCCAGCAAGCAUUUUUAAAUGCAAAACCAGACGAAGAGAAUGUGUUUUACUACGCUGCAAUGCGUUCUGAUGGAACGAUGGCAUUAACCAAAGAAUUCGAUUGUAUUGCAUACCAGAAUAAGAGCCAACCCUGCUACUGUAAUACUCCGGAACUCAAAUUGAAUUUUGAUCGUAUUCAUAAAAAACUGUUGCUCAUAAUUUAUCAGGGACAAAACCUUUGGCGUGAGAGUAGUAAAGAUGUUGGCGUAGUCUGUUAUACUGAUGGGGACACGGAAUUGCUGAAAGCAGUCGGUAUUAAACGCAAAAUUUGGCCACCACAGCAUGAUCGCGAUGCUGAGUACAAUAAAGAGCAAGAAAUAUACGAGUUGAAAUUGUAUGGAGAUUUUCCAGGAUACUACUGGUGCGAGGGCCAUAACGUUAUCAAUUUCACUCUCAUCAAAUCUGACCGUAUAAUUGCACAAAAGAAGGAAUCUGAUGUUCAUAUCUACUCUAUUCUGUUGGAAGUGAUGGAUUUUGAUCAAGACAAUUUUUGGCAGAAAAACAACCUUAAGAGAUUGAUGAAGGAUUAUACAGAAUAUCUCAAAACAUAUGGAAACGAACGAAUAAAUCAAUUGGCUAGUAUGAUCAAAGGAAUGCAAGUUAUGAAAAUCGAACACAUCGACAAACCAUCGCAGAAAAUCACUAUUAUUGUUCACGUAGCUGCUAGAUACAGUGCCAACACAAUUCACCUGAAUUCCGUUAGAGAAGAUGAAAUAUGUACAGCAUGUGAAAAUACAGUUGCAGAACACUACCGUCUCAAGAAUGCCCUUAAGUUUAUUUUCGAGGAAACUAGCAGUGAAAUAUACCAUUUCAAAGGUAUAAACAGUACGGAAAUGUGUUUGCCACAAGAUGCAUAUGAUAGUCUCAAAUGGCCCGCAGCUAGAAUUGGACAAACUAUUGCACCUCUAGAGCUGUGCUUGAUCGAGGCUAGUGGACUUCCACUGACUAGAAAAUGUGCAGGUGAUCGAACGUAUGGUGGAGUUUGGCAGCAGAAUCAUGAUUUUUACGCAUGUAGCAAAACUGUAAAGAAGCAUACUUUGCAACUGUUCAACUAUACCGAGAUUCCCGUGAAUGUUGCAGAAAUGGGUCAAGUAAUGGGAGAAAUAGAGCAUGUGAUGGAUUCGGCUGCCGAUAUGAUCCCGGCCGAUUUGUUCUACAUUUCAAAAACGAUGAACAAUUUGAGAUCUGCGUUAUUGAAUAAUGGAAGUAACAAUGUCGCUCUAAUUGACAAUAAUCGAGAAAGAUGUUACUGCGACAUAGCUGGUAUUCUAAAUCGAGUGAUGUACAUGAAUGAAUCUGUUGUGCUCCGGUCACAAGUAGCACUUAACACAACUAACAUCUUGCUGGACUCUACAGACGAUAUAAUAAAUCGGAUAUCAGUCGUAAAUAGCACCGUAGAUUUUCUCCGAGGUGACAAUCUGAAUUGCUUUGACGAGUUAGGACAACAGUUUAAGACAGACAGCAUAUUAGAGAAACGACGUGGCACGAUAUUAUUCAAAACGCCCCGAUUGAUUUUGUUGGUGGUAGAUCCGUUUGUCAGUGGUAUAUCAGGACUUGCAAUUACUAAGGCGAAAGGAAUAUAUGAGGAGACUAAUUCUACUGAUACAAGCUUCGAUUUAUACGAAACAAGAUUGAUCGCAGCCGAUGAAGAUGAAAAUGAGAUAAUCAUGGAGGAAAAUUUAGAAAUCGCAGCAUAUGUCCCUGCGCCAUUGUUGGAAAAAAUUUCCAUGCUUAAUGAACAUAUUGGAGAUGAAAAUGGUACAAAUCAGAAUGUUUUACGAAUAGUCAUUUCAGUCUAUUUCAAUGACAACAUUUUUAAAGAAACUACAAAUGGUACUAUCCUGCGAGCUAAUGGUAAAAUUAUAAGUGUAACUAUUCCGAGCUAUAGUUCAGAUUUACCAGGAGAAAUUCCAAUAUUUAUAAGAGAUCAUGACAGAAAUCAAACCAGCAGUUGUGGAUACUGGAAUUUUGAACCAGACGACAAUGAAGUAAUGCCGAAAUGGUCGUUUGGAGGUUGCAAGUUUGCUCAUCAGCACGAAGGAAUAAUGUUAUGCAAAUGUUCGCAUUUGACACCAUUUUCACGACUAUGCAUGGAUAUUCAGCACAUUGAAAGCGAUAAUGUAUUGCAGAAAUUUAUUGGCGAAAGAAACAUUUUCACAUUAGACGUUAUAACAUUCAUUGGAAGUGCUCUUUCAUUAAUGGGAGUAUUUGGAAUUUUCAUCACUGCUUUCUUGUUUCCUACAUGGAGGCAAACUGCACAUUCCAAGAUUUUGUUACAGUUAUCUUUAGCAAUUACAUUUGAAUUGAUUAUAAUUUUCCUUGACGGUCCAGACAUUAACUAUAACGAUCAAAGUGGUAGAAUUCAGUGCACUUUACUAGGUGGAUCGUUCCACUAUAUCAUUCUAGUGACAUUCAUGUGGAUGUUGGUGAUUGCAUAUCUACAAUUUUUGCGUUAUGUUAAAGUUUUGGGUCGUUUACGUCCAUCACGAUUCAUACUGAAAGCAUCACUUUUUAGUUGGGGUUUGCCGCUGGUACCGGUAAUUGUAUUUACCGCUGUCGAUUACACGUUGUAUCACAAACAAGAUAACAUUUCUGAUAUUUGCUAUCCUCACGGUGUCGCUUUGUACUACGGAUUGCUUUUACCCAUUGCUGUUAUAAUCUUGGUAAACAUGGCAAGCUUUCUUUUGAUAAUUUACUAUGUAUUCAGGGUCCCAAGUAACUUAACACGUUCAUCAGAAAGAGAUCUCACAUUAUCACAAGUUAGACUUUCCGUGUUUCUGUUCUUUCUUCUUGGUUUACCGUGGAUAUUCGGAAUGAUGAUCACCAUUGGAGCUGGAAAAAUAUUUUCCUACUUGUUCUGCAUAACGGCACCAUUGCAAGGAUUUAUCCUAUUUGUUUAUUUCAUCAUAAUGAAUCCAAUGGCUAGAAAAUUUUGGUGUUCGAGAUGUAGUAGAAAUGAAUUGGCAAAAAGUAAUAUUGACAUGCCGCUUAAAUAGAAACCAGUCUCAACUUCAGUUCACACACUAAAGGUAACAACACAUUUUUUGGAUAACUCACUCUUCUCUCACAAAUGUUGAUUUAGAUUUACUUUCUGUAAAAAAUUUAACGCCUGGUUGGCUCCGAAUCUCGCGACAAACUAAACGUGAGGAAAGACUCGUCUUAGCCUAGGGGAUCUCUAAUUCAAAUACGCUGAAAUAAUAUGGUAAACUGACAUAUUAUCCAAUUAAGAAAGGUGAUGUUCUUUCAAAGCGAUGCGGACUCCUCUUUUUGCCAGACUAGCAGCGGGAAUCAAGAACUGAUGUUUUGUAGUCCAAUUUGCUUGUAUCCUCAAUUGAAGACGACCAUUUCAAAUGAAUGAUUGCAUUCGUUGAUGGAUUACGUACUACGAAGUUCCUACACAUUAUAUGUUUACUUAGUAGAAAGUAUAUAGAUUAUUAUGGUGGCUAAAUCAUAACCAAAAGCUCGCUGUUAUGUUUUGUAUAUCCAAGAUAUCCAUGAAUUCAGAACUCAACAUUAUAUGUAUAAUACUGUAUGUACAUUUAAAGUGAGAGUUACGGGCUUUAAUUUUAGGAGGAAUUAUUCAAUGUCAGCAGAUAAAGAUAUGUUAGCCAACAUUAAGCGAAAUUGUGGUGGUAACCUUAUUUCAAAUUUAAUGUAGCCGGUAAGGCUUAAACUCACAGUUUCCAAAUAAUGGAAAUUGUGGGUUCAAGUAUACCACAAUUACAUUCAAUGUUGGGUAACAUAUCUCUUUAUACAAAUAUUUAUUAGCAUAAUAAACCAUAAGCUAAGUUUCAAACAAAAGAAAAAAAAAAUCAAUUAAUGCACAAUUUUGGCAAGAGGAAUUUAAAUCAGGUUUUGACUUAAAAUGUUAAUAUUGGAAAUACAUAAAGUAAGUUAUAAAACGAAACUACACAAAAUUGAAGGUAAUGCAUGCAAAAUAAAGCUCUUUUGGAUCAAAAUCAAAUUUCUGUAAUAACCACAUAAUAAACAUCUGUAGAUUUGUCCCUAAUUUAA